UGAAAUAAUAUUUUUUUUCUUAUAAUUUCUUUGUGCUGCUGCAGUGGGGUCGCUGAGGUCAGAGAUUGCAAGAGAGUACACGUCGAAUGUCUACGCUUGGUGAAUCUUCAAGAAACACGGAAAAGUGAUGAUACCAGUGCCUUUACUAUGCAUAUCCCACACUCCAACCUCAGGAAACUGUUCCCAUAGCGACCUGGUGCCUUAGCAACUGUCACCAUAGCAACCAUCGCCUCCAUAACAACAGGUCAUCAUAGCUUUCAGUCCACCUAGCAACCAUCGCAAUGAAUCGUUUGAACAACCUCGAUACAUUGUCAGCUCCCGAAAAGGUUGACAUAUCGAUGGUGAGUUACGAUGAACAAGGUCCGCAGUUGCCGCCGCAAGGCUCACCUAGCAAUAAUACGACAUUCGAGGAGGCUGCAUCAACGCUACCGCUCGCGCCGUCAUUACAGAAGAGCUCAAGAUGGCGGCUGGGUCUGCCGCACGAACCGACAAUCAAGUCCUUCAUCCUCUUCCUCUGCUUGCUAAUCCUCUCUCAGGGAAUUCUGGUCUCUGGGUACAUCAACAGCGUCGUGACCACCAUAGAAAAGAGAUUCGAACUCCAAAGCACGUCAGCAGGCCUGAUCGUGAGCGGAUACGAGAUCGGAAGCCUUAUAGCCGUGUCGUUUGUUAGCUAUUUCGGAGGGAAGUCCCAUCGACCAAAGAUCAUCGCGUGGGGCAGCAUCGUGACUGCGAUUGGUUCAUUCAUCUGCGCGCUGCCGCACUUCAUGUCUGCGCAAUAUCGCGUCACGCUCACGCAUAACUAUUCGGAUGGAAACUUGUGCAAUAACGGGAAGUGGACGGAUAACCACACCUCGGCGGAACCAAUCGAAGACGAGGAGGUUUGUCGGGACAGGCUGGAGAACUCGCUCUACAUCAUACUGAUCUUCGCAGAAAUCCUGAUCGGAAUGGGCGCGACACCCGUGCUGACGCUUGGGACGAGUUACAUCGACGACCACGUGUCAAGGGAAAACUCUUCUUUGUACAUUGGAAUGCUAUACGCCACGGGCGCGCUCGCCCCAGCGCUGGGAUUUCUCCUGGGCUCUGUCUUCCUGAACAUCUACGUGGACAACACGACCGUGAACAUGGACCUGCUCCAGAUCUCCCCUAGCGACCCACGCUGGGUCGGCUGCUGGUGGGGCGGGUUCCUUCUCUGCGGAAGCUGCAUCCUGGUGCUGGCGCUCCCCAUUUUCGUUUUCCCGCGGUCGCUUGCAAAACCGGAAAGUCCGGAACAAGGAAACGAGGUGUUGGAGUCUACAGCGAUCAGCGAGAGCAAUCUGGAGUUGUCAAAAAGGGAAAGGAUGGAACAACUCGAGGAACAGCUUCGCAGUCUGCCCCGUGCCGUGUGGAGACUGGUCACCAACGUCACCUUCGUCACCAUCUCUGUCGCCUGUGCCAUGGAAGUGUCCAUCGUCAGCGGGUUCCUCACCUUCCUCUCCAAGUUCAUCGAGCUGCAGUAUGAGAAAACGGCCUCGAGUGCCAACAUUUUAACUGGCGUUGUCGCAGUGCCGGCGGCAUUUAUCGGAAUCUUUGGAGGCGGGUUCCUCAUGAAGAGGUUCAACAUCCAGCCCAAACCGGCCGCGGCGCUCACGCUGCUCUGUAACUUCAUCUCCCUGCUGCUCAUUCUUACCCUGUUCCCGGUGGGCUGCGGCAAUCCCAGCAUUCCUGGCAUCACUGUGCCUUUCUUUUCUGACAGCUCAUUAGGGACUGUGAACCUGACCUCCACAUGUAACGUGGACUGUGGUUGCCCAUUCGAGGGAUACGCUCCUGUCUGCUACCAACCAGAACAGCUGACAUAUUUCUCACCCUGUCAAGCCGGCUGCACGCAAAAAAGUCUAAUUCCUGGGACCAAAGUCAAUAACUACACAGGGUGCAGCUGUUUGACAGGCAGUGCCGGUGGCUCACAUGGACAGAUCACGUCAGGAAAGUGCAGCUCAGACUGUAACAUGCUGCCUGUGUUCAUGCUUCUACUCUUCAUCAUCGUUCUCAUCUCUACAACAUCACAGGUCCCCGCUCUCAUGGUUACCAUCAGGUCUGUUAGCGAGGAGGACAAACCGUUUGCAUUGGGGCUCCAGAUCGUGUUCCUGCGAGCGCUGGGCUACCUUCCCGCGCCGAUCUACUACGGGCGCGUUAUCGACUCCACGUGUCUCCUGUGGCAGACGGAGUGCGACAGCAGAGGGCUCUGCUACGUAUACGACAACAUCAAGUACAGGCACUACUACAUCGGCCUGUGUGCAGGACUGAAGGGGAUAGGUUUCCUGUUCUUCCUCACAGCUUGGUUCUUCUUUAGACCCAAACGGGAGGAUUCCAGUGAUGAGAUCGCAGAUCACGAACUUCCCGGCGACAACAUCUCCACAAUAUCUGGGCAUAUGGACCAUCGUAACGUAGCAGGUUUGAGGUCCUACAUGGCAGGCAUAGUCCACUCCGUAGAGUCACUCGACUCGGACUACGUACAGCACCACGGGGGCGGGUCGCGCCGCAACAGCUGGCACCACGACAAUCACUAUAGCAACCACGACCAUCCCUACGACAUCCAGUUCGGCCAGCGCCCGCGAAGACUCACGUUGCCGCUGUCGAUGGACUCCAUGUUGCCCUCGGACCAAAGUAUGCUGUCCUUCGUGAGUUUUGAGAGUAACGUAUGAUGGAGACUGCUCUGUGCAUCAGUCAAAGGGAAACUUUGGGGGGGAUGCGAUCAACCUGAGGGGGUCUCUACUUAAUGAGGUAGCCACAGAUGUAUUUAGAGAUUAUAAGUCUAGGUCUUUAAACCACUUUCAUAGUUUUAAAGAUUGUUUCAAAGGCCACACCAAAUGAAAAAUAUCACAGGAAAAUUGCAGGCAUUUUAGCUUUUGGAUUCAAGAAAUGGAUAACAUUUAUCUGCAGUUCUGAGAUUAGCGUCUUAAGUUUCUAGGAUCUGACAGAAAUAGUUUCAGGAGCUUCAUUGUCCUUAAUAUUCAGAAAGGUUUUGACAAUCACAGUGACGCAUUUAUCUAUCUCCCUGUACUUUUACGAACAUCUAUGUUGUGUACUUUUAGCUAUAUCUAUGACAUGGUCUUAGCGUUGGUGUUUCAUGUAGCAUUGAUCUUAGACAAACUGUCAAAUUUUCCAAAAUAUAUGAAAUAUUUAUUCAACUCCUACAAGUUCAAAAAAUUGAGAAUUUCUUGUCUCAAAACAAAGGCUCUUUAAAACCAGUACUACUAGUUAAAUUUGUUUAGCAUAGUUCAGAGUAUCUUACUUGUUACUCUGAUAAAGGGGACUUUCUUCUCAAACUAGUACUAAAAGUUCUUUAUCAGACUUACCUAUAUGUGAUAUAUGUACUUAGCAUGGAUACAGAGCUAUAUUGAUUAUUCUUAAACUAUGCAGUACCAAAUUAUUAAUAUUAAUGCUGCUUGAUUAUUUGCUUAUUACAACCUCAGGAAUUCCCGACAUCUUCCCAAAAAUUUCAGACACCGUAUAUAUUAAACAAUAUUCAAGUCUUAUCAAUCAAGGGCUUUUUAAAAUAGCAGUGACAUACAAUGUAUAUUCUAGACUUAGCUUGUUUAAUUUUCUGAAAUAUUUUGCUAGAAAAUCCCAGAGGUAUCCCAGAAUCCCACACUUAUAUUCCAGAAUUCCAGUGUGCACGUAUCCCAGAAUUCACCUCCAAAAUUGUUCAGAUAAUGUACUGUACCUUACCGUAAAGUCAUAAGAUUCAUAAACAUUGUCCGAGACAAUGAUUCUUUGUGUUGACUAGUAUAUUUUAGUUUACUGUCAGUGGUGCUAUGGUGCUAGGAUUUUUCAGAACCACUAAGAAGAUAAUCAGGUUCUAACUUCUUCCCACCUUUUGUUCAUAAUCUUAUAGUACUAAAUUUCUCCCGGAAGACAGAACUCAGCAAGAAGGGUUUAGAUUACAUAGAGGAGAAUUUAAAAUUAAAAAAAGUACUGUUUUGAAUAAUUAUCAAUUGAUGCAAUACUUAGUCUUCUAACUACCUAGCUAAGUACCACUAUAAUUAAAUUUGUUUCUACUUGUACUGUCAUUCAGUGUACACCGACUACGAUGCAUAAAAUGCACAAAAACAAAAAAUAAUUGUAUCAGAGGGGAGCAUGUCUAGCGAGCAUUUAAUAAUAAGCACACAUACCUACAUGCAUUAAUGAUAUACCAAAAGGGCCAAAAUUUACAUUGUAUGCUCAUUUAACCAUCCCAUUGCUUAUCAUAUCAUUUCAUCAUCAGUUAUCAUAUCUAGAGCACUACUAGAUGCAUGUAGCUAGGUCCAUAGUUUUAGAAAUGUGUGCACUACAAAAAGUCUGCAAGACACUUUUUAACCCUCAUUCAGCUAAGGUGCAAGUCAUUUGAAACCAAAUGUGUCUUCAAUUUGGUUAUGGGUUUUAAAGGUUGCCAGGAAGAAGCUUAAAUCGAAGGGCAACAUAUAUCAUAAUUAUUAUUGUUGAAUAAUUAUUUUGUUGUUGUACUUUUGAAGAAAAGGCAGGUAAUACACUGCUUGUCUUCCAAGCCAUUUAGAGCUUUCAGUCUUUUUUUAAGGAAGCAACUUGCUAGGGUUUCUUUCUGGAAAAAAAUUAGACAGUUACUGAGUAAGAAUCUAUAUUAGAUUCAGAUUUCUUUGCAAUUUGCACUCAUUUGGAGAUUAUACAGUAUUAUAUUUAAUUUCAACUCAAUGUUUCUGAAAUUAUGUCUACUAGGGUAUUUGUGAUAUUACGUAGUUGUAAGCGUGUCAUGUUUUGGGGGAGGGGGGCAUGUACAGGGUUGUUUACUGUUUUCAAUAUCUAUCUGCAAUUUCAGCAUUUGUGUUACAUCUACUGAUAUCUCUGUGAGCUACCUCUUCUGAAAUCCCACAUAAACAUAAUACACUUUGACAAUCGCAGAAAAUGAUACGAGUAACGGUUUUCAUAAAGUUUCCUAAAUGCACAAUGACAAUCUUUACAGAACUAUUACAGUUUUUAGAAAGUUCCUGAAUAGAAGUUGCCCAAACACUUUCUCAAGGAUGCUUCUUCUAUCUGCUGCUAAAAUUGUCUUAAAGACAACUUAAAGCUUGAAAAUAUCUAAGACUAUUAAAGCUAUGCGUCUAUGUGCCUUUGGAAAGUAUUGUGAUCUGUAUAUUUUUGAAAAUUCAUGUGGUAUGUGUAUGUAAAUAAUUCAUCAUAUCAACAGUAAAACUAUGUAUUGUUUAUCCAGAGCAAUUACAAUAAACCUUUUCAUGUAACGUUACUUAAAAAAACUUUUAAAAACGUAUUAUGUAUGCCAUGUUUUAGUCUGUUGCACUAUCUGACUUUAAGCUUUGCCAGUAUAUGUUAUACAUGUAUAAGGAUAUUGAUGACAAAUUAUUAUGCCUAUUUAUGGUUGCAUUAUAUAUGGUAGAGUUUAGCGCCUGACUGUAGUGAAGUGACUUUGCAGAUUAUUUGAUUUGAAUGCCUGUCAUUUAAGAAAUAUUAUGUAGUUCUAUAUUACAUAUAGUUGUAUAUUACAUAAUAGGAAUUUGGUAAGGGUAGCAAAGGUUUUGAAAUUUGAAAAAUCUUAAACACAGUAUUUUUGAACACUUUUCUCUUGUGUACUGACAAGGUUGGACCGACAUGCAAAAGGUCUAAACUCAAAUGGCUCCACCCCAUUGGGGUUGCCAAAAACUACCCUAAACAUGUUUUCUUCCUAACAUUUGUGGGCAAUUCAUAAUAGUCUUAUGUGGCUCGUGAAUGGUAGAAAUUUAGUCAGUUGUUUUUCCUUUAGGAAUUCUGUUGUUGCAUUAUAAUUACAUUCAACAAUCGUCUCUAUCUAUAUAUUAAAGCAAAUGCUUAUAGAAGCAAGUGUCUUUUACGUGCAGCCAAAGACAAGGACUAUAGAGGAUUUAAACAUAUCAUGUCCAGGUAUACAUAUCUAUAGAAUGAUGUGCCUUUGUCUCAACCAACAGAAAUAAAGUACAACUAUUGCUGACAGGUUUUUGUAGUUACCAUGGCAACCCAAGCAGUCUGGAAGGUUACCUUGGCAACUCAAAUGGUUGCUAUGGUUAUUAUUAGUGGUUAUCAAACCAAACUACACAAUGGCAGAGUGGUUACCAUGGUAACCCCAACAUGGGUAGAGUGGUUAUCAUGGCAAUCCACAGAUGUAGAGUGGUUGCUAUGGCAACCCAUAGUUACCAGUUGUUACUAUGGUAACCAUGCUUUCCUGAUUGCUACGUGCAUAUCACUUGCAGUUCGCAGUUCUAUGUGGAAACUACAUUAUGAUCUAUGCUUGCAGAGCUCUGAAGUUUACUACUAUUAUUAUCAUACCAAAACAAUGUACAUUCAAUAUCUAUGAUAUAAAGUGCCUAUAAGAAAAUUGAAACUGUAAAUAAUUUGUCUAUUCUGGUAUCCAAUAAUCUAAUAUAUUGAAGGGUGUGUAUGUGUAUAUUUUGGUGGCGAUAUCCGUUAGAAAAGUUGUAGAAUAUCUGUUGUAUAUUAGAUGAAAAUGAUACAACGCUCUUUGUGGAAAUAAAGGAUGUUUAUUCA